AUGGAAGCAAGAGGGAUGCCCACAACUUGAAGUAAGCGGAAGGGAGCAAAGGGCAAGGCAGCUAUUGUCUCGGGUUGGUUGGUCUAUUCUGGUAAGUGUGUAUGUGUGUGUGUGGCUUGACUGGACUUGGACUGGCCGAACCUAGGCGGCGCCGAGUCGGCUGCGUAGCUGACGUUGCACAAAAGGAAGGGAGCAAAGGGCCUACACUAAUGCCCGGCCGUUUCCCUUCCACCCGGCCAAUGGUACCUAUCCCGCGAUCCGUGUCUUGGAAACCACCUAUCCGUACAGUCUACCUACGAAGGCACAGUCUGUGUGAGCACCAGGCUUCUCCAGCUCCAUCCAGUCCCGUGCUCGGGUCGUUGCUGUGGCAGUCAGCGUACGGGCAACGAAUGGCUCCCGCUCUACUAUACAGUAGACGGCCAACGGGGUACUUCUCGGUGCAGGCAAACCCCCAGUUGGCGACGGCAGCGCUGGAGUUAUUGGAAGCGAUAAUCCCCCAAAACCAUGGGGAUCAAGGGGCAAGGGAGAGAGGAUGCUCCCGUCCAUGGUCAAAGUCACCCAUUGCCAUUGGGCGGUGCGACAUCAUCCGCCCGCCGUGCCAUUCCCAUUCGUCCCCACCUUUUGUUACAAGCAUCAUCCACACUUUUAAGGCCAGGGAAGGGGAACGGGAGACCGGAGACCGGAGACCGGAGGGGGGUUGGGGUUGUAGAGAGAAAGAGAGUGAAGGAGGGUGAGCAAGAGGCAGAGAGGAGAAAGGGACAGAAGAGGGAGACGGUGUGUGUGUAUGCGGGGUGUAGAUAGUAGGGGUACUAUAGGUAGCCACUUAGCUAGAUAGGUAGGUAGGUUAUGGAUAGCAAACUCCCAUUUCCAUAUGGUGCAGCCUGCAGAUGCAAAGAGGGAGGAAGGUGCCGGUUGUGGUCGCGGGUGCAGCAGGUGCAGUGUAGCACCCAACUGCAGGUGGG